AUGGCCACGCCACCGUCGAGCUUUCCAUGUAGUCAGGAAGAUGUGCUGCUUGAGGCGCUCGAAGACUAUGAGAAGAAGCAGGAGGCGGUGUACGAUCCGGUGUCUUUCGGUGAUAUCGGCACGUAUUUGCAGAACAAGCGCGCGAAGCUGCAGCGCCAGGCGGAGGCCGUGCAGGCCGAGUCGGACACGCUGCGUGGGUGUGCGAUCUACGUGAAUGGACGCACGGAUCCGCCGUACGCGGAGCUGCGUCGCCUCAUUCUUCUGCACGGGGGCCGCUUCGUGCCGUACCUCGAUGCGAAGCGCGACGUGACGCACAUCGUGACGACCGACCUGACGCCCCAGAAGCGCCGCGAGUUUCAGGCACGGCGUGUCGUGCGCCCGGCGUGGGUCGUCGACAGCUGCCGCCUGCGUGCGAAGCAGCCAUGCGCGGCGUACGCACUCGAUACCCACGAUAUGAUCACGGCGUUUUACGCGCAUAGCCGACUGCACCACCUCAGCCUGUGGAAGCAGGAGCUGCAGGCCUGGGUCGCAGAGCAGGAGCACGAUACGGCGCCGUGCGACGAUGCGCCGCGCACGAUCGUGCACGUCGAUUUUGACAGCUUUUUCGUGAGUGUGUCGCUGCGCGACAAGCCCGCGUGGAAGGAGGAGCCGGUCGUCGUGUGCCAUGGCACGAGUGCGACGAGCACGUCGGACGUCGCGUCGUGCAACUACGUCGCGCGACGCUUCGGCGUGCGCAAUGGCAUGAGUCUGCAGCGCGCGCAGGCGCUAUGCCCCGGCGUGCGCACGCUCCCGUAUGCGUUCGAGGCGUAUCGCGCGACGUCGCGCCAGUUUUACGAGGCGCUCGUCCACGUCGCGGAUGCGAUUCAGGUGGUGAGUGUCGACGAGGCGCUGCUGGACAUGUCCCAUGCGCUCCCAGCGCUGCUGCGCGGCGACGGCCAUCCUCUCGCCGACCGAUUCGACGCGCACAAGCACCUCGGCGACGCAGCGCUCGGCGAGGCUGUACGGGACCUCAUUCGCUCGGCGACGCAGUGCGAGGCGAGUGUCGGGAUCGGCGCGAACAUCUUGCAGGCACGCCUCGCGACGCGCCUCGCCAAGCCGAGUGGGACGCACGUCCUGGACGUCGCGUGCCUGCGCUCGAUGGACGUGCAGGAUCUGUGGGGCGUCGGUGCCGGGCUGCGCGAGCGGUGCGAGGCGUGGCUCGGCACGACGUGCAUUGGCGAGAUCCUCGAGCGGACGACGGAGGCGCAGAUGCAGCAGCACCUGGGGCCGAAGCUCGGUGCCGCGCUGUGGCGCAAGUGCCACGGGCUCGACACGGAUGUGUUGCAGCACGCACGCGUGCCGAGCAGCGUCGGAGCGCAUGUGACGUGGGGCGUGCGGCUCGGCACGCCCGCGGACGUCGCGCAGUUUGUGCGCGGCGUGUGUGAGGAGGUGAUGCGGCGCGCUGCGGCGCGGGGUAUGCGGGCGGCGCAGCACGUCCACAUCCAGGUGAUGGAGCGCAUCGCCGGCGCCGGCGAGCCGCCCAAGUACCUGGGCCAUGGGCCAUGCCACCACCGGCACCGCUCCGUGCGGCAGCUUGUGUCUGACGCCGCGACGCUCACGGCCGCUGUCGAAGCGCUUCUCGCGCCGCUCGCGAUCCCUCCCGUCGACGUGCGCGGCCUGUCGGUGACGCUGUCGGAGCCUGUGACGAGUCCGAGCCCCGCUGCUUCGCCGCGCAAGCCGCGCCGGCCGAUCCCGCGCAGCGGACGCGCUCUGCCCGCCUACGUGAUGAGCGAGGCGCCGGCACCGGCGCCGGCGCCGCCAGACGUGUUCCACGUGCCAUCGUCGUCGCAAGUCGAUCCUGCGGUCGUCGCCGACUUGCCGCCGGCGAUGCAGGAGCACAUCGCGCACGUCCUCUCGGAGCGACGCGCCGGGCCGCGGCAGACGCGCCUGUCCGCGUACGUCUCGCCCCCCAAGUCGCGACCUCGCGCGCGGUCCGCGAGUCGGGCGGCCGCGCGACGCCAUGCCGCCGAGGCCGCGUACCUUCACGAGGCGCGCAUCCAAGCGGCGGCCGGCCAGGCAGCGCCGCCGGCGCCGCUGGGCGCACCGGCGGGACUAGAGCCACGCGCGUCGCUCCUUACGUGCCCGUCGCGCCCAGCAUCGGUCCUGCAUGCGGGCCUGCCGCUCGACACGCUGCGUGCGCGCCUCUCGCAGUGGAUCGAGGCCUGCGCCGAGCCGCAGCAGGGCGACGUGGAGCGCGUGUUUGCUGUCUUGUGUGCGUGCGUCGAUGCGCGCGCGCUCGUCAAGGUGAGCGGCGCGCUGCAGUGGCUCGACGCACUCGUCCGCGGCGCCAGCGACGCAUGGCACGCCGCGCACCUCACGAUCCGCACGUCGGUCCACGCGUACGUCGCACAGACAUGCCAGGGCACCCUACUGUAG